GCUAGCUCUGCAUGGCCCCUGAAGCAGGCAUGUCAAUUCCCCGAGGUCUAACUGUCUAUUUGUCAGCGGAUGCCCAGGGCUCACAAUAUUUCGGGAGCACCUGUGAGUGGGUGCUGAGUUCGAUGUGCAUCGGGUGAAUCAUUCUUUCUGUUACUCUCUACACGGCCCGGAGCAAUAGUUGCUUCACUUCCUCCUCCUCCUCCUCAAACCUCUCCACAGCCUCCAUCUUCAAGUGGGUUCAGCAACAACUUCUGUUUUCUUUGUCAAACCAUCGAUAUGGCCAUCCCUCGCUGACAAGAAAGGUACGGCGGAGAAUGGCCAGCCUGAAUAAAAACUCGUGAUGUGACUCCACAACUCUACUGUUCUAUCCACUGUACCACCAGCUGCCUCUAUUUACCCUAUGAUGUUCAAGAUAACUAGACUGAAGGCUGGUAGGAGAUACCACAUUACAACACGUAUGUUCCCCACCCCAGUGUUCACGGUUCAGCAGCUUGUCACAAGGAGAAUCACACUGAUCUCAGGGGUUCAAGUCUUGCCCCUUAUCACCCCAGGAGUUUCACCAAUGCCAGCACUGCAAAACAGACAGUGUCGGGGGGAGUGAGGAAGCGGUCCAGGGCUUUGGAGCAGAGCAGUGGGGGAAAAAAUUGCCUUCUUAUGGUUUAGGCUUUUGAAAUGGAUCCCAAGCAUUUCAUCCUAAUGCUCUUCUGUGGCUACUUGACAAACAGAAUCCUAACAGAGACACACGCAUACUCAACAGUCUCACCUCAGACUACUCCUUUUAAAUCAUCAAUAUCAGAUACAUCAGCUAAUUUUGGAAAUGGAACAGAGAACCCUCUCAGUCAACCAUUACAACCGAUCAACAUUCCUUCAGAACAACCACCACCAUCACCCACCUCCAAGACCCCUGGGCAACCACCAAUUUCACCUGUCCCUGGAUCCUCUGGACAACUACCAGCAUCAACUGCUCUCACUUCCUCUGGACAACCACCAUUAUCAUCCACCCCCAAGUCUUCUGGUCAAAUACCAGUGACACCUGUCCCCAAGUCCUCCAGUCAGCCAACAGCAUCACUUGUCUUCAAUUCCACCAGGCAACCACCAGAAUCACCCAUCCCUAACUCCUCCAGUCAAUCACCAGGAUCAUCUGUCCCCAACUCUACUAGGCAACCAUCAGCAUCAUCUGGCCCCAACUCCACCAGGCAACCACCUGUAACAGCAGUCCACAGCUCCUCCAAGAAACCACCAGCAUCAUCAUCCGGCCCCAGCUCCACUAGGCAAUCAGCAACCACAGUCGUUACUCCAGAAUUCAACUAUGAAGAGAAUAACAAUACCCCCCAAACAAAACCUCAAAGCUCUACUGCCAAUUCAAUAGCUGCUCUGUUGAUUGGCACAAUUCUAACUUUUAUGAUAGUCACUAUAUUUAUGAUUGUACUCUGGAAAUGUGUUAGAAAACCAAUCCUCAAUGACCAAAACUGGGCUGGCCGGUCUCCCUUUGCAGAUGGAGAAACUCCAGAUAUGUCUAUGGACUACAGCAGAGAAAAUGGAAAAUCCAUAAAACGUUCAUCAAUUGUUUCACUUGAGAUCUGGAAACCAAACAAAAGCAUGCUCUUAGCAGAUGAUUUGGAUGUUAAAUUGUUUAAUUCAAGUGAAAAUCUUGAUGAAUGUCCUAAGUCAGACGCGGAGAAAAUGAAAGACGGACCAAAUGGGACAUCAGACGAGAGCGCUGACAGACUGACAGUUGGCACUGCUAUUUCUUCUUCAGAGGAGACGGAAUUGACUCCAGCUCCUCCUCUUCUUGAUUUAGAUGGGCCAGAAAAUCAGAAGCCUGACUCAUCUAACUCGCUUGAAAAUGACUUCUCUCAUUGGCCACCUCCUCUGGACUGUCUCGACUCUGAGUUCAGGCAGCCAAUUCCUCCUCUCUCUGACUCUCCCGAGCUGCCCCCUCCUCCAGAAGCUCUCCUCAAAGACCAGGAGGAAUACAACACAGAAGUUCAGAACGCAGCUUCACCCACAGUAGAGACCCAGCUUCCUAUUCCUGACGACUCCAGUCAGCAAGCCUUGGCUGAAUCACUGCCGCCACCACCUGCAGAAUUAUUGUGAACGAUCACAGCUUGCUGAUGUGAAGACGUUUCAAAAAGAUUAGCUUUAUUUCUUCCCUUUCAAUGAUGGGGAAAAUGAACUGCCAACCAACUUAGACUUCCUUUCAAUCUGCUUAAAACUCUCCUAAAUUCAUGUAAAUAUUAGAAAGUGCUUCCCCUGGAGUAGAAAGUCUUGUCUGACACUUGACUAUUUGCUGAGUUUGGCACAGUUAUGUAACUGCUAAAUUUCAAAGCACAGAAAAUAUCUGCUUAAUGUUUAAAGUUAACAGAUAGCUCUCUGCUCAGGAGUUUUACAAGCUAGUUGUCAUCUUUACAGUAAUAAAAGAGGGCCUGUAACAACAAGGAGUUGUACUAAAUUUCUCAGAAGUUAUAAUCUGCAAGAUGUCAUCAUUUUGUAAGAUGUUUAUAUCCAUUUCUUCAACUGAAUUAAAACACUUUAAAUGUA